CGACCCAACGGUGUGCUCAUUCUGGGGCUCCUCCUCGCUGUAUGAGCGUCCACUGCUUUGACAAUAUACCACACCACAAUGGCUGUCCCCAACAGAGGCCCCGAGCUGCUCGCCGUCAACAUCGCCUUCGUCACCACUGCAGUCCUGGCUUGUUGCUUGAGGAUAUAUGUUCGCGUCUGCAUGGUCAAGGCAUUUGGCCGAGAUGAUUGGUUAAUGGUUCUCGCAACUCUCUUCUUCAUUUCGUACACCACAUCGUCUUGCAUCGGUAUACAUUAUGGAACCGGACAUCACCAUCAUGACCUGCCCAUCGAGAGCGUCCAAAACGCGAAGCAUGCGUGGUACUUCUGCUAUCUGUUCUACUCCGUUUCCAUGAUCUGUUCAAAGCUUUCCAUUGGGUUCCUUCUCCUGCGGAUCAGUAUCCGAAAAUUACACACAUGGAUCAUCUACAGUGCCAUGGGCGUCUCGAUCAUCGCUGGAGGCACUUUCUUCUUCGUCUGUCUCUUCCAGUGCUACCCAAUCUCGUACAUGUGGGACCGCACUUCGCAGGAAGGAAAGUGCGUCGACAAUACAGUCAUCACCGCUCUCGGCUACGUCUACAGUAUCUUCAGUAUCAUCUCCGACUUCACUUUCGCUAUCAUUCCGGGAUUCUUGGUAUGGCACUUGCAGUUGAAGAGGAGGACCAAGGUUGCUUUGAUCCCAUUGAUCACCAUGGGUUGCAUCGCAAGUGCUGCGGUUAUCGCGCGCAUGCCCUUUGUUCAUUACUUCAACUCUCCCGACUUCCUCUGGUCCACACUUGACAUCGCCAUUUGGUCAUCGGUCGAGCAAGGCCUCGCUAUUACUGCCGGUAGUCUCGCAACGCUUCGCCCAUUGUUCUUCAUCGCCAUGCACAAGCUUGGUCUCUCCACCCGCCCAACUGGGGCUUACCGUCCAUCCGCAUAUGGCAUGACCGCCCCAUUACCCGGAAACGCCGCAGGAAACUCCAAAGCCGACAAGCUCCGCCCCGACAUGUACAAACUCUCCGCCACCGUACAAACCCGCACUUCAGACGAUGAGCCCCCGCAUAAUGGAUCCAACUGGUACGGCGGCAAGGCUCCGCCCAACUCGAAGAAGAGUACGCGUGUGGACAACUCCGACAACGAUAGUCAGAGGAGUUUGAGGAUCAAGAGCGCUCGAAGCAGUGCGGAAGAAGUCGACUUCCAGAACGGCAUUAUGGUCUCCAAGUCAUUCUACAUUACAGAUGAAGAAAGGGGAUCGGUUCUGUCUGCGCCUUACAGAUGAUGAAUUUCAGCAAUAUACCCACUUCACCUUUUUCCAUUUGUCAUUACGAAGACAUGCGAAGUUAUCCAUGUCGCGGAAGGGACCCGUGUCGCAUUGAUGAGUUCCUUGCUUGAGACGCAGCAAUAACAAAGCACCUUGCAGGGUGCGACUUCGAUGGCGUCCCCAGACGGUAGUGUGAUGGCGUCCGCACACACUCUUCAUCGUGUUCACUGUCAAUGCCAUCAACUCCACGGAUCCGUCUGAGCGACCGUGCCCCACCUCCGCGGUACUCCCAAAGCCGCACGAAGAAGCAAAUACUAUGGCCUCAAAACACCACGAAAAAGCCACGAUGAACCGAAAAAG